CUCCACGAGGGCAUCAGGGUAUCAACCAAUGAGUUACAUCUCAAGCCUAUUUUGGACCACGGCUCCUUUUAGGAGCAGCUUGCAGGGGUAGGGCCCCUUUCUUGAGAAGGUUGCCAGUCCAGAUGGUAGUCUUGAUGCCAAGAAUAAUAGAGAUAGGAAGGUCUAUUUCCCAGAAUAUGAGCAAAACGCGUUGCCCAGGAGUUUGAAAUCAGACAGCUGAUGUUUUUGUGCAAAAAUGUACUAUUUUGGGAUGUGGGUUGAGGCUUCUGUCCCCAAGCACCGAGAAAACGAUGAAACGGAGACACGACGACUGGCACCAAUAAACAGACACUGGUUUUCCUGCCAUUGGGCACAAAGCCCCCCAGUCCGGCCCUGACCCAGGCGCGUUUCCAGCCACUGAAGGAUGGUUUUCCGCUAAAUAUCUUUAUUUCUGUAACAGGAGGGGAAAGAAAAACAGCAGAUUGUAGGGAGAAUGAUAAACGGUUGCAUGUGUACGAGGGCCGAUGAGAUAACUGCCCAAAGAUCAGCCCCCGGGGGCACAGAGGGAGCGUGGGAUACAUACAAAGCCACAUGUGGGGCAGAACCCGGACCACACACGCUAAGGAAAGGUGUGUGUGUGCUUUUAAAGGAAAACUAUACCCUAUUUAGAAUUGUCUUGUUGAUUCAUGUCUAUUUGUAUUUAUUAUACACAUGGGUGGGAGCUGCCAUACUGUUUCCCUUGAGGAGAUACCUUGUGCUUUCUGUGCAGAACAUUCUCUAUAUAUAAGCGUAGGAGAUGAAGGUAUAUGUAGGGGUAGGGGCCGCCAUAUAGGAAUAGGCACAUUCUGAUCAUUUCCAUGUACGAUUGUCGGGAAAAAUAAGGGCAAGUUAAACCCUAUAAAAAUCAGAAUUCUGCCCCAAUACAAGGCUGGAGCAGUACUAAUGGUAGGAAUAUUCUUCUCCUGUCUCUCCUCUCCCCGCAGCUUUCUCUCUCGCUGUCUCUCUCCCUCCCGCCUCUCUCAUUCCGUCUCUCCCCUCCCUCUCGACUGGUCUCUCUGUUUCCUGUCAUUUUUUUUUUUUUUUUAACUUCUCACUGGACGAAGCCCAGGAACCAGAAGAAAACACAUAGAGAUCUCCAACCAGCUAAGAUCCAGCGCUCCUCUCAUUCUGUGGGUUUCUCCUACCUGCGGGGCCCUCACCCACCUCCACCGCCCAACUCCGCUGCCGGGAAUCCGACUCCGACUCUUGCCUCUGACAUCUUUAGCGAUACCCCCAGGGGAAUAUUUUUGGCUCAAAAAAAUAUAUAUAUAUACACCAAGUCUAUGGUCUAUAGGUCACUGUAUUAUUCAUUGGAUGAUAUCCGAGGGGCCCAACAAGAUGGCAGCUGUUCGGCCAACUAGCGUCACAUCUCUCCGGAAUGCCGCGGUCUUUUCGAGACGGAAUCUGGGACAGAUUUUCUAUCAAAUCCAAUGUGUGGAUCUGGUUUAUGUGGAUCUUUAAUAUCAUGGUGUCCCACAGGAGUCCAUUGUCUUCUCCUCCCAGUGAUACUUGAAUAUUGUGCCCCUAACAGAUCUGCUUGUACCCCUAACGGAUCUGCUUGUACCCCUAACGGAUCUGCUUGUACCCCUAACGGAUCUGCUUGUGCCCCUAACGGAUCUGCUUGUGCCCCUAACGGAUCUGCUUGUACCCCAACGGAUCUGCUUGUACCCCUAAUGGAUCUGUGUACCCCUAAUGGAUCUGCUUGUACCCGUAACGGAUCUGCUUGUGCCCUAACGGAUCUGCUUGUACCCCUAACGGAUCUGCUUGUGCCCUAACGGAUCUGCUUGUACCGCUAACGGAUCUGCUUGUACCCCUAAGGGAUCUGCUUGUACCCCUAACGGAUCUGCUUGUCUUCUCCUCCCAGUGAUACUAGAAUAUUGUACCCCUAACGGAUCUGCUUGUACCCCUAACGGAUCUGCUUGUACCCCUAACAGAUCUGUUUGUACCUCUAACGGAUCUGCUUGUACCCCUAACGGAUCUGCUUGUACCCCUAACGGAUCUGCUUGUACCCCUAACGGAUCUGCUUGUACCCCUAAGGGAUCUGCUUGUACCCCUAACGGAUCUGCUUGUACCGCCCUGGCCUGCGGUGCUGCCAUUGUGAUUUACUCUCCGGUGCCUAUUUAUAGCAGUCAUGGAAUUAGUCAGUGAUUUAUAUGGAUGUGAGUAUGAUUACGAAAGUCUGGCGUAUGGAGACGACGCAGAUUUUGGAUAUUUAUAUUGCAAUUCGGACGAGCCAAGAAGCCCAUAAGUUACAGGGGAGUUGCAGUAAAGUGACAAUGAGUCGCUGGCGUAAAAAAGGCGCUGGAAAGCGUACCCUGCUGCUGCUUAUUCUCCUGGCCUUGGUAUUGGGGGGCACGGCGCUCUGCUUGGCCUCUGUCAACCUGAUACUGACCACCACAGAAUGGGGCAAGAGUCUACACCAAGGACAGGUGCUACUGCAUCAGGAUUUGCCCCCCCAGCAGCAGCAGCUGGACUCCGACACUCAGAUCUAUUACCAGAAUGUAUGGGAGAAGCAGCAAUAUCUGUACCAGAAGCUGAGGGAGAAGAGCCGGCCCAAGCGCGCAGCAAAAAACAGAAACAAACGUAAAACCCUACUGAGUGCAGCUCAUUAUGAAGUCAGAUUACCCAGAGGCUUGGGUCAGACAGAGAUGAAUGCAGACAAAAAUGGUACAAUCCUGCAUUGGGCGGAGGUGCCUCUGAAUUCCAGCAGCCCAAUCCAGUAUGAUGGCAAGAGGGGCGAGUUCAUAGCCAACCAGAGAGGACUGUACUAUCUGUACUGCCAGGUUCACUUUAACGAGGCCAGAAGCGUCUACAUCAAGCUCGAUCUCCUGUUAGAUGGUUCUCUGAUCUUCCGUUGCCUGCAGGAAUACUCCACCACUGCCGCCAGCAUCCAUGACCCAAAGUUGAAAAGUUGUGCUGUCUCUGGCCUCAUCGCCUUACGCCCCAACUCAUCCCUCCGUCUCCGCACCAUUCCAGACGCGAGUCUUAGAGUUGACCGAUUCCUGACCUACUUUGGACUCUUCCAGGUUCACUGAUGCAACGUUCUAUGAUGCACCUCCCGAGGAAGAUGGUUUGGAGAUGGUUUUAGGAAACCCAUUCCAUUUUGGACAUUUUAGAACCAGGAGGAAUCUCGCUACUGGGGGCCAGAGGUGGUUUAUUUCCAAGGAGAUUUAUCUGGAUUAAAGUAAGGUCCUGGAGUGAUAGAUCCAUACACAUAUUUGUCACAAAUCUGGAUUUUAAAAUGUUUGAUUAAUGGGUGCAGGAAUGCCUGGAACCCCAUACCCAGAGAGAGAGAUUGAGACUGCGGAUAUUAUGUCUUCUGGCAACUGAAAGAUAAGGACCAGAAUGUACUGCCAAUCAUGAGCAAUCCAAGGACUCCGAGUACUGUUCAAUUUCAACGUUCUCUAAAUUCCGAAUCUGGGAACAAACAAGGAGAUUUAUAAGGUGGAAAAUGUGGACUAAAGGGUAGAUGAGGACUACCUGGAGCGGAAUGUGAUGGAAAUCUUAAAAAAAACAAAACAAAACUAUUGCUCUCACAGCCAGACAGGGUCAAGGAUAGCAACAUCUAGAAUACAUGGCUCAUCUAGAACACAUUACUGCUUUACAAAGUUGUUUAUCAAACAACCAGACUGCACUGAAGAUCUAGAACAGAUUCUAGACUGACUUCCAAAAAAGAAAAAAGGGCAGGAUAAGGAUUUCAACAAUGAAAAGGGAGACUACUACUAUGCUCAUCAUGUACAUUGAACCUCAGACAGAUCCAACAGAGGCCUAAACACAGUGGUGUUCUAGAACCACAUAAAUGUCAAGAUUUUGGGUUGUUUGAAUGCAUUUUAAAGCACUGGGUGGAACCCCUAUCCAGUGGAGGUGUCAAGGUAUCCAUACGCCCCAACAGGUUCAUCUGUGCUGUACCAUAGCUUUAUAAACAAACCUAUUAAACGUUUCUAAAAUGAAACCAAGGACUAAGGAUGAAGGUCCUGCCUGUGUGUUAAAUCAACAGACUGAACGGCAGAGAUAGUGAGGGGCAGUGGCUAUAUAUGAUGUGCACAUUUACUCAUUUAUCUACAUUAAAGACAUAAUCAGGUACAGCUGUGGCCCAAUUGAAAGCAGUUACAUCUUGACUUUCUGUCUUCCAUUGGCAAGUAUUGAGGGUGACCAUCUGGGGUAGAAGCCAACAGUGUUAUUAGAGUGCUCACUUACAGCAGAAGGGUUAACAGAGACAAAUGUAAUAGAAAAGCAUCAAGAUACAUGUCAUAGGCACCUUCAUUCCUACCAACAACUGCUGGGGGAUUACUAGUUGAAGGCAUCUGGUUUAGAACUUGGUCUAUGGUUUUGUUGGGUUUUCUAGCUCAAUGUGUCUGUUCUGUUCUUAGGGUCACAUACAGAGACCCAAACUCUCUGGAGCAUCUACGAUCUCUGAACUCUCCCCUAUAUUGUCCUCAGGUCAGACCAUCUACUUGGCAAAACUCAGAUUCCAGUACACCCACUAGAGCCAACAAGGGUGCCAAAUGAGACCCAGAGACCCAAACUCUCUGGAGGAUCUAUGAUCUCUGAACUCCCCUAUAUUGUCCUCAAGUCAGACCAUCUACUUGGCAAAACUCAGAUUCCCGUAUACCCGCUAGAACCAACAAGGGUGCCAAAUGAGACCCAGAGACCCACACUCUCUGGAGGAUCUAUGAUCUCUGAACUCCCCCUAUAUUGUCCUCAAGUCAGACCAUCUAAUUGGCUCAGACUCAGAUUCCAGCACACUCACUAGAGCCAACAAGGGUGCCAAAUGAGACCCAGAGACCCACACUCUCUGGAGGAUCUAUGAUCUCUGAACUCCCCCUAUAUUGUCCUCAAGUCAGACCAUCUACUUGGCUCAGACUCAGAUUCCAGUACACCCACUAGAGCCAACAAGGGUGCCAAAUGGGUUGGGGAGGAGAGCAGCAGAGGUGCAGAAUAAUUAUGCUUUUGUUGAGUAACAGUAAGUGGCCAAGGUAUGUGGAAAUCAACGAUGGUCUGUAGUUAUAACUAGAUUAUAGGGAACUAGAACUUGAGGCGAAGGAUAGUGGAAUAUGGGCUGAAUCAGAAUAUCUGGAGAUACUCUAUUGCUCUGGUUGGCCCCAGUAACUGGCUACAAGUUGGUCUAGCCUUUAGUACAUUCUAAUGUUCUGACUAGUUCCAAGUUGGUCUAUCCCAGAGAACAUUCCAAUAUCUCACUGACCACAUCCUGGUCUGCCCUGCAGAUGAAGUAGAUCCAGAUAUGUACAGCACUUGAGUAUCAUAGAGCCAAUGCCACAUUAAAUUCUAAUCAGAGAGAGACAGAGUGUAUCAAUGUAAUCUCAAGCAAAUGUGACUGCAAGGCAACUCUGGAAAGAGAGAAGAUGAUUGGGUCAAGACACUUUGACUGUAUUAUGGUGAAAAAGUAACCUUCUCAUAUGCCUCUGCCAACAAUGCCAAAUUGCUGACCACUUGUGCCUAUAAUAACGCCCUAUACCAGCCUCUCUCUCAUAAGCUCCACCCCUUCUGAGGCCCGUGGGAGGUAAGACUUUAUACAGGUAAAGGGGUGGUUCACUUUGAGGAUAUCUUUUAGUAUGUUAAAGAAUAGCCCAUUCUUAGUAACAGUUCGACUGGUCUUCCUCUUCUCUUUCCAUCUUUUUAAAUGGGGGGUCGCUGACCCCGGCAGCCAAAAAGCUAUAUGAGUCUACAAUUAUAUUGUUAUCUUUCUAUUCAGUCCCUCUCCUGUUCAUUUUCCUGUCUCUCUUUCAAACCACUGCCUGGUUACUAGGGUAAAUUGGACUCUAGCAACCAGAUAACUGCCGAAAUUCCAAACUGGAGAGCUUCUAAACAGCUAAAUCAUUAAAAAAAACCUCAAUUAGUUGUUGAACUACAGCCACCGCCAUUCGCUGGUAGGUGCAGAUGAGAGGUCGGAAUGCCUGGACUUACAGCCAAUAUCUACUUAUUGAUUAUAUCACUGCAAACCCUGCCACUAUACGGGAGUGUGUUGCAACUGUCUCUUUUCAAAAGUGACUGCUAUCUGCUGUGUGUGGAGUCCGGGAUACUGUCCGUUUCCCAUAUCCUGACCUUGUUUUGUAUGGGGGUCCGGCCAUUUAUAGGGGGCCAGAUAUAUUAAUAUAUGCAUUUAUAACUGCCACUUAUAAUAAAGAUAUAUUUUAUAAAGA